UUCGAGCAAUUUGAGCGCGAGCAGGAGGAGGAGUACGAGAGGCAAUCGCAGGCCUCGAAUCAACAUGACCGUCCACGUAUCGAGAAACCAAGGCUUGUGCUGUCCACGUUCAACGGAGAAAACCCCGACGCAUGGCUUAACCAAGCUGCGCAAUAUUUUGACAUCAACGAGAUGCCUUGGUAUGAGAGGGUCAAAUAUGCGGCCUAUUACCUAGAUGGAGAAGCCAAUGUUUGGUGGAAAUGGCUUGUGAGCAACUACCAAGGCAACCCGCUCCACAUCCGAUGGGAAGAAUUUGAACGCGAAUUACUUGCUCGAUUUGGGUCAUCCGACUAUCACAGCUAUGACGAGGCGCUCUCACACAUCAAGCAGACGGGGAGUCUUCGGGACUACAUGAAGGAGUUCGAGGGGCUCGCCUGUCGGGUUCGCAACUGUCCGAGUUCUGCACUCAUUCGGACUUUCAUAGGUGGGCUCAAAUUCGAUCUAGCCGCAGAAGUCCGACUGGAGCAGCCGGACACGAUGCAUAACGCCAUGAAGGUGGCCCGCCGACGAGAAGACCAUCUAGUCGCUACGCGAAGGGGAUGGGCGGAUGUGCGAUACGCCGACACGCGACGCACGGGGCUGAACCAAGCCACGGCCGGCGCAUGGCCGAGCGUCAAUAAUCGGCCAGUGGGGUCGAUAGUGAGGCGGCUGUCACCCGAGGAAGUUAAACGUCGACGUGAGAAAGGCUUAUGUUUCAAGUGUGAGGAGAAGUUUACACCAGGUCAUCAGUGUAAGCAAGCCUUUGUGAUCGAAGUUGCUAAUCCUGAUGAGGAAGGAUCUGAGGACGAGGAGGAACCACAUCAGGAUAUCAUAGUUGAGGGGCCUGACGAAGAAGCAAAAAUCUCAAUGCACGCGACGGCCGGGAUACGAGGGCCUCGAACGAUGCGAUUGCAGGCCUGGGUCAAGGAUCGGAAGGUGGUGGUGCUAGUAGACAACGGGUCAUCACACAACUUCAUCAAUGCCGACUUGUCCCAGAAGCUGAACUUACCAACCACGAAUAUCGAACCUUUUAAAGUACGAGUAGCCAAUGGUGAGAGGCUGCAAUGCACUAAAUCCUUCCGGAAGGUGCCAAUCAGGUUCAGCGGAGUUACGGUGAAGGCUGAUCUCUAUGCUUUACCUCUGGUUGGGCCGGAUGUCGUCCUAGGAGUACAAUGGCUCGAGGGGUUAGGCAAG